CCACGAAAUAAAAGCUGCAAGGCAGGCAGUCGAAGGUGACUUGUUGUUCAAGCACUUUCUAGUGCUGGUAAUCCAACUCCGGAGCUCCAGGACACGCCGUCGGUCAAGCCUCCGGUUGGCAUCACCAACCCGCCACCAUGGAGCUAGUCAAGUUAAAUUCUAGCCUCAUCUCCGCUCUUACGAUCGUGCUGUUACUGCAGCCAGGGUGGUUCUGUUCGUGCCAAAGCCAGAAACCAAACUUGGUCUUCGUCUACGUGGAUGAUUGGGGGUUUGCUGACGUUGGCUUCAGGAAUCCAGCGAUCAAGUCGCCGAACUUCGACGCGCUAGCGAGUACCGGGAGUGUGCUGCAGCGGCACUACGUGUUCAAAUACUGCAGUCCGUCCAGAGCGUCGUUCCUGACCGGUCGCUGGCCGCACCAUGCACAUCAAUGGAACAUGCCGCCCGGCACAAUGGCGGGAACUAACCUGAACAUGACCAUGCUGCCGGCUAAGCUGAAACAGGCUGGAUACAGCACGCACAUGGUAGGAAAGUGGCACCAGGGCUUCUUCAAGUCCCACUACCUGCCCACGUCACGUGGCUUCGACACCAUGAGCGGAUUCCUGAACGGCGGCGAGACCCACAUGACGGAAGUCAACAGUGGCCUGACGGACUUCUGGAAGAACCGGGCGCCGGACCCGCGAAACGGCACGUACGACGCGUACCACUACCGCAGUGAUCUGGUGGAUAUGAUAGCGAAUCACGAAAGCAACACACCGCUCUUCCUGUACCUGCCGUUGCACAACGUGCACGGCCCGUUCCAGGCACCGCAGGAAUGGCUGGACAUCUACCCGAACAACACCUGCUCCAAGCGCCACACCUACCAGGCUAUGGUCAGCGUUGCGGACAACGUGACGGGAACGGUCGUCGAGCUACUGAAAGCCAAGGACAUGUGGAAGAACACACUGAUGGUGGUGAGCGCUGACAAUGGUGGAGCUCCGUGUGGCGGCAGUAACUACCCUCUCAAGGGCUCCAAGGGCACCUUCUUUGAGGGCGGAGUCAGGUCUCUGGCAUUCGUCAACGGUGGUCUUCUUCCGGACGCCAUGCGUGGCAAGGACAUCGAUGGAUUCAUUCACACUGCCGACUGGUACCCCACCUUCUGCAAGCUGGCAGGAGUGGAGGCGGAUGAUAGCGGUCCAGGACGGUAUCCAGUGGAUGGACUGGACGUGUGGCCAAUACUGUCGGGACAGACGAACGCCACUGCGCACCAGAGCAUCAUACUCGGCUUCAACUUCAGCGAGGCCAACUCCGGCGCCGUGAUCAUGGGCGACUACAAGCUAGUGGUGGGUGUACAGGGUACGGACUGUGACAAUCUCAUGUACUCGCCGCUAGACUAUCCCUGCACACAGGGCCCGAAAGCAGCUAACUGCGAUCCCUACUGCCUCUACGACAUUGUCAGUGAUCCGCACGAGAAGACCGACCUGUCCAAGAGCCAGCCAGACACUCUGAAGAAGCUGUUGGAUGAGUACAACAAAUUCUCAUCCGAGCCGCAGUCCACACGAGAUCAGGGCUACCAUAGUCAAGGUGACCUGCCCAAUGACUUGAAGAAUGCCAAAAAAGUGCUCGAUGCCAAGGGUGGUUACUGGAUGCCCUGGCGUGACGAGCAGUAGGGUGAGAGUGAUUACACGGUCGUGUACAUAAGCUGUUACAAAAGCCCAGCUCCUCUUUACAGGGUUAGGGUAUCUGAUGAGAAUUGUCAACACUCGUGUACGGCAACUUCAAAAUGUGGGCUGAUGCAAACGGGUUGGGCAUGGCAUGUUCUACGGAGAUUAAAAAACUCCCUGCAGCUAUAGCAAUGUUCCCUGUACACGAUGUACACGUGGAAGAUGGCAACAAAGAAUUAGUACACGUGUUUGUUUGCUUACACAUUUUCUGUUUCAGUCCUCAUGUUUUCUGGCAGAGUUCGAUGAAACAUUCUUUAUUUCUGGCAGCUCUGGCCUUGCACGGCAGGAGCAAUGCUACCUGGAACUUCUUACACUUA